AUGACAAUGGAAAACAAAAGGAGCCGCAUUAAUCACGAACUCUUUGGCCGGGCCUGGUUACUGGGUUCCGAACUGAAUCUUUCCCACCGAGAGGACGAACCACUUACCACAAUCAACACGUCCAUCUCGGUUAGCAUUCGGGGACAUUUCCAAUUACACUUGCAAUCGUAUACCCAACAACACGUUGUGCUGGCCUUGCUACACCACACCGCUCGAUUCCAAACGGCGGUGAAACCAGCUCGGUCAGACGAUGCGGAUGGUGUUGGUCAAAAGCUGAAAGGCAGCACCAGAGGAAGGAAGAAGGGAGGAGGAAGAAGGGAGGAGGAAGAAGGAAGAAGGAAGAAGGAAGAAGGCACAAUGGCAACGACUGACCAACAUCGUAAUCGACAUCUUCGUCAACAUCAAUAUCGACAACCUCACCGUCGCCAGUCCUCCAGCCCUCUCCCGCAGGCACGCCUCUCCCACCCUCUCCCUCCGCUUCCUCUCCUUAUGAACGACCUACGCCCGCAACUAUCCAUCACCACGCACCUCCCACCCGACAAUGCCUACGCGAUCAAGCGGUCCACUCGCAACUCUCCGUCUUCCUCCUCCUCCUCCCCCUCCUCCUUAGGUUCAACGCCCACGUCGUUCUCGCCGCCAGACCUGCUAUCAGACCACGACCCGCCCAAGUACGAGCCCAUGUUCGACUACCUGCGUUCGCGGCCCCAGCCGCCCUUCCCCCCCUCCCCCAGCUUUCCGCGACAAUCGCCACCCCACCGGCCACAUCGACCCUGCCCGGGGCCCGUACCCACAAGUGCCGUCGCGAUACCGUACCGCGACAACCCCGACGGGCCGUUCGUGGUGACCAUCGCCACCGACACGGAUGGAGAUGUGGAUGCGGAUGCAGGCCAGCCCCCACCGCCGUCUUACGAGGAUCUGUACUGGCAGCAGGAGGCGGAUGCGCGCAGCCUGAUGCGCCAGUUCGACAUGGAUUCGAGUCCGGCCGAGCAGACGGAGGAGCUGGUCAAGUGGGUGGUGGCCAUGCUGCUGAUCUGCUUGACCGUUGCCGCGGUGGGUACAGCAUUUAACUGGGGCCGGGAUUGA